GCUCUUCCCGCCGCAUUCACCGGGGCUGCGAAGGGGGGGAGCCCCGCUGCACCUGCCGGCGCCCCGCUCGCGCCCCUCCGCCCGCCCCGAGCCUUUCAGCUAAAUCCGCCCCAGGGCCAGCUGAGACGCCGGCUGGCUUGCUCGCAAGGACUGCGCUUCCAAAGCUGGGCGGGGAGGGCUUUUUCCCUUUUUUCCCCCCUCCUCCCCUCUUCCUUCUGGUUUGGGGCGACCUCGGAGGCUCAGGGCCGCCCAAGGGAGGGGGAGCCCUUUUUUGCAGCUUUCUGGAGAGAAAAAAAGAAAAGGAGAGAGAGGGGAGGUAGCUCCGCGGGGAAGCGCAGCGCGCUGAUUUUUUUUUUUCCCCCGGCGGGGGGAGCUGAAAUUUCGGCUCCUCGCUUCCCCACCGCUCCUCCCCGCUUCCUAGCUGUCAAGCAGCGGCUUUUUCGCUCCGGCUUUCGCAGCAGCUGCAGCCUCCGGAAACGGGUUGAGCGGCAGACGGGCCGGUCCGCGUUUGGAGAGGAGGUGCGCCGGAGGUGAGAAUCCCCAACCGUGCCGGAGACGAUUCCCGGGAAGCUGGUCCGAGGGCAGAGGCGUCGCUCCUUCGGGCCGGGGGGGCGCCUCCGUCCUCUGGGGGGGGCCAGCCCCGGCGGAUGGGCUUGCUGCACCCCUUGCUUCGGAAGGAGGGGUCCCGCCGGGUCCUCGGAAACCUGGCUGGCGAGCGCCGGGGGCGCCGAGCGUUGAAUUGCAAAGCGCUUCGGGGGACGGAGGCCUGCGAGGAGCUCCGGGGGCGCUCCGGUCCAACGUCAAGCUCUCUUGGGGGGGCUGCCGCCGUUUUGAACCCCCUAUGAAUUAGAGCCACCCCUCCCGGGGCGCGCCGAGGACUUUUUCUUCUUCCUCCCCUCCCUCCCAGGACCUAAUGAAAUAAACGCUGCGUUUGCCAGCCUGGAACCGGCGGCGUCCCGCUUGGAAAGCCUCGCCUUGCCGAUCGCUCGGGCGGGGGCUCGGCUCUACUCCCCCCCUUCCUCCCUUCUAUUUAUUUAUUUAUUUUUUUGCCAAAGCGAGGAGGACCUUCGGAGAAAGCGGCGCAGGCAGAGCGUUCGGGCCUUUCUCGCGAGAUGGACGGAGCGCGGAGCCCGGGGAGAAAAAAGACGGGGCUGUAAAGAAAGAAAGACAAGGAAAGAAAGCGCUUUGAGCCCCCCCGCCCCACAUCCCGCGGUCUCCCAGACCCCCCCACCGGCGCCCAGGCUUCCUAAUCGGCACCCCUCGCCAGCUUUGCCAGCUCGCCUCGGGACUUCCCGCCCCUCCGCGGAGCCAUGAAGCUGAUCCUCGUGCGCAAAUUCCGCGUCCUCAUCCUGCUGGUCUUCCUGCUGGCGUGCACGCUCCACAUCCUCAUCGAUCUACUGCCUAAGCUGGAGAAGCGAGCCGCGGGGCCCGAGGCCGGGGCAGCGGACGCCGGCCCGGGCUGCUCCUGCUCGCACGCCGCCGCCGCCCAGCCGGGGGAAGAGGCGCGCGGCUGGGCCAAGGAGCCGCCGCCGCCGCCGCCGUCUGCCCUGGGGCCGGAGCUACGGGAGGAGCCGGGGCGGCCCGGCGCCGGCGUCUCGGAGGCGGCCGCGGCGGGCUGGCCUAGCAAGCACACGCUGCGGCUCUUGCAGGAUUUCAGCAGCGAGCCCAGCUCCAACCUCAGCUCGCGCUCGGGGGAGAAAGGGCCCGGUCGCGCCAACGCCGCCGCCGAGCGGGCAGGAGAGGCUGUACCGCCGCCGCCGCCGCCGCGCGCCUUCAGCGCCGGCCCGGAGCUCGGCCGCCCGGCGCUCCGCGCGGAGGGGAAAGCGCGAGCGGGCCGGUUGCAGAACGAGCCCCACUCGCCGCCCUUGCUGCCGGCCUUCCGAGAGGAGGAGGCGGCUGGGCCCGCGGGCGCCGGCUCCCGCCUGGCCGCGCUCUUCGCCCACCCUCUCUACCAGCUGGCCGUCCCGCCGCUCGACGAGGCCGACCUCUUGUUCAACGUCAACAGCGACCUCCGAUUUAACCCCAAGGCGGCGGAGAAUCCCGAGUGGCAAAACGAAGGCAAUGAAGAUGAGGACUUUCUACCGACAGGGGAAACGUCGAUCGAUUCCUACCCAAACUGGCUCAAGUUCCACAUUGGCAUCAAUCGGUACGAACUGUAUUCCAGGCACAACCCAGCGAUUGGAAUCUUGCUGCAAGAUUUGGCUUCCCAGAAAAUCACCAGUGUUGCCAUGAAGUCGGGAGGCACCCAGCUCAAACUCAUCAUGACAUUCCAGAAUUAUGGACAGGCCUUGUUUAAGCCAAUGAAGCAAACACGAGAGCAGGAAACACCACCCGACUUUUUUUAUUUCUCCGACUACGAGCGACAUAAUGCUGAGAUUGCGGCAUUUCACCUGGACAGGAUCCUGGAUUUCCGUCGUGUACCACCAGUUGCAGGUAGACUGGUUAAUAUGACCAGAGAAAUAAGGGAUGUUACUCGUGACAAGAAACUAUGGAGGACGUUUUUUAUCUCACCAGCCAACAACAUCUGUUUCUAUGGGGAGUGUUCGUACUACUGCUCGACAGAGCACGCCCUUUGUGGGAAACCAGACCAGAUUGAAGGCUCCAUGGCUGCCUUCCUGCCCGACUUAUCUUUAGCCAAACGGAAAACCUGGAGGAACCCAUGGCGCCGUUCCUAUCAUAAACGCAAGAAAGCCGAGUGGGAAGUUGAUCCAGAUUAUUGUGAAGAAGUUAAGCAAACACCGCCCUACGACCGGGGGACCAGGAUUUUGGAUAUAAUGGACAUGACCAUUUUUGAUUUUCUGAUGGGUAAUAUGGAUCGACACCAUUAUGAGACCUUUGAGAAGUUUGGAAAUAACACCUUUAUUAUCCACUUAGACAAUGGAAGAGGGUUCGGGAAAUACUCUCACGAUGAACUUUCUAUCUUGGUGCCUUUGAAUCAGUGUUGCCGAAUACGGAAGUCCACCUACCUGCGUUUGCAGCUUCUGGCCAAGGAGGAGUACAAACUGAGCCAACUGAUGGAAGACUCUUUGCUCGAGGACAAAAUCGCCCCCAUCCUGUACAAAUUGCACCUCGAAGCGAUGGAUCGGAGGCUCCGGAUAGUCCUCAAGGCCGUCAGGGACUGUAUAGAGAAAGAGGGCUACAAUAACGUGGUGGAUAAUGACUUUGUCUCCCAUAUGAACAGCGCCAUGACCGAGAGGUAGUGAAAUGACAGGACUUCUUUCCUUUCCUAACUCCGCCGAAGAAGACCGACACGCCGACCAACCACCAACCAACAGUCUUGCCAGAGACUGUGUAGGCCACAUUGUGAAUUCAGUGAAUUCAGAAGUUGCUAUUCUAAUUGUUCUCCAAGUAGCUAAAGUGUAGACUCUUUAACAGAUUAGACUGAGGAUAGGCAGCUGGGCGUCCUCUGCAGCCGACAGCCCUGGGGGCAUCCACGGGUUCUCAGUGGACAUGGUCACGCGCCUGCCGUGUUUUUCAUCCAGCCUCGCUUGCCUUAGGUUCUAAAUUAUUCUUCUCCAUUGCCGAUGAGGGCGUUGGAGUCCACGCUGUGGGUGGGGCUUCUGGCAAGCCCCGCCUCCCCCCGUGCUUUCAUUGUUCCUGCGGCCAGUGAGUCCAUAGCGCCACUCUCCCCUUCCUAUUUGUUUACGUCCAGCCCACGCGACCCACGGGUGGAACUCGCCAUCAGCACUGAGAAGAGCUUGCAGGAAAUGCCGAAGGAUAAUCAAGAAAUCCUGGGGUUGACUGUAUCUGGAGGAAAGGGAAUAAACGUGUCCUCACCACCCUUCCCAAAUAAAUCCCCUCAAAUCAAACGGGAAAAAAUGGACGAUUGCUAACAGAAGCCCCUCGCUUGCUGGCGAAACCCUCCGACGCCUUCCCUUGUUUUCAUUUGUACAGAAAGCCGAGCUUUAUUUAAUAUUUUGUAUUUAUGUAGGGGAGGGUCGUGUUUUUUUAAAAAUGAAAAAUGCUACCUUUCGAGUGGGCGGGGAAGGGAGCGACCGAGGUCCACCACUGACAAAGCGUCCUCCAGGAAAGUCCAAAGACAAAGUCGUCUUUGCUCCAGUCUCUACGGAAGCUGUCCCAGAUGUGAAUCUGGCUUGGGAGAUGGUAGGAGCGGUGAAAAGAGGUGAAUGAAUUAUGAGCCUGAAACAAUGCGUGCACAGAGGUGGCGCAUUCAGGGAAGAGGCUAAGCUAUAAAUUUCUCCCUAACAAAGGUUUGUUCCAGCAGACAAGAGUUGGAUACGGAGAAGGCCACGCUAUGGACAUUGCCUCGACAUGCGUCGUGAAAUCUUAGUUUCUUGUGUUCCCUGCCGAUGCGUUAUCCUUAUCUUCCUCCCUUUCUGUUGCUCCCCUACCACUGCCAAAGUCCUCCCGCAGGCUCCCCAGCAUUCCCAAGACCGACCCCGCUGUGGCCAAGCCAAAACCCCCCUCCCCAGAAACCACCAUCCCCAGAAGUACAGCAACUUAGUCAAAAGAGGAACGGGACAAUAUGUGCAUUUACGAGAAUACUUGAAUGCGGUUUUACCGAGUGAUGUUUAAAAACAAAAAAAACCCAACCACAGAUAAAUUGUACUAUUUAUCCAUCAGAGAGUAGCAGCUCUCCCCUUUCUGGACUGCUGAAGCUGAGCUGCUGCGUUUCUCGAGUCUGCUUUUGAUAGUUUUAUGUAAAUAUAUACAUAUCCAAGUUUAAAAAAAACACAGAUUAAAGCAAAAAACAAGCAGCUGCUUUCAGCGGCAGUAGACUUACUUUUGCGGCCUUUCUUUCUUUCUUUCUUUCUUUCUUUCUUUCUUUCUUUCUUCCUUUUUCUUUCUCCUUUCCGUGGAUUUGUUUGCAGUGUGGUCCCAGUGCAAUAAAGAUAUGGCAAAUA